AUGUCCGCCAAUGCGGGCGAGAAGACCCGCUUCAAGAGGACACGCACCGGUUGUUUGAAAUGCCGUGUGCGCAGGCGUAAAUGCGACGAAGGGAAACCCAAAUGCCAGCGAUGUCGCGACGGCGGCUUCGACUGCCAGUACGGCAUGCGGCUCUCGUUCCUCGAUAAGAACUCGCUCACGGCGCCUGGGUCGACCGAGAAGCCGGCCUCGUCGUCGUACUCGACGCUUCGUUUCGUCGAACCUGGAUCGGCCACAUCCAAGCAAAUCAAUAAACCCCGUGAAGACUUGUCUGUCUCGUCCGAGCCUCGCCCGCAGACGAGCGACAGUUCAGCGCCGUCGACCGUCCUCACGAACGCGACCGACCUCGAUGCGAUACCCCGAGACCCUGAACAAGAACCAGGCUCUGCAUUGUCGAACCCGCCGCUCUCUCUACACACAUCGCAUGACCCAGCGCUGAUCGCCCAGCCCGUUGACGCGAGGCAAGACUUUGCUGCCACACCGACCACCCAGAACAACGAGACGGACGAGACGUCACCGGGUCACAGGGCGUACGACACGGCCUUGAACGUGUUGCUGUCCCUCAGCCAUCCCGACAAUUCGACCUUCGAGAAGGGAAUACAUGGUGGCGGCGGCGGAUUCUCGUUGGCAGGUUCCAACGAGCUUGCGUCCAGCCCCGGAUUGACCGUCCAGAGCUCUGGUUCGUUGAAGGAGUUGUUUCCCAACUGCGCGCAUCUUCCUCAGAGCGAGAAGAUUCAGUUGAUACGCCACUACCGAUACAAUAUUGCACCAUGGCUUGAUAUUGGCGAUUCGGGUCAAACCUUUGGGCUUCAGGUCGCUCGCAUGGCAUCACUCUGCCCCCCAGUGCUGGAGGCUUUGUUGAUAUUAUCCUCCGUAUCUCUCGACAGUGAGGUGGGGAGAGAAUACUAUCCCUCAGAGACAAGCAGCCAAUACAUGUCUCCUUCAGAUACGAGCUUCACGAUCGAUCUUGCUGCCUUUGUGCUGAACAUGACGCGGCACCACAUCUUGACACAUCCUCUUGCCUGGAAACGGCCAUUCCAAGACGUGAACAGCGUCUGGGUGCAGUUCUUGAACUCGGCUGCGGCCAGUCAACAGUACACCAGCAUCAAUGUGGCAUCAGCCUGGGUGCUGCUUCGGUUUGAUUUAAGCACUGGGCUGGUGAUGAAGUCGCCCGUCUUCGUCCCCAACAUCCUCUCCUCCGGAAUCACAUCACCCUCAUCCCGAAACCUCUCCCGCGACAUGCUCGGCUACGACCGCGAACCAGCCCUCCUCUGCGCUCAAGUGCUCAACCUGUGCUUCCACGGCGACACCGGCCAACCUACCCACGUCGGCACCGUCCAGACCUGGAUGGAGCUCUCGCAGAGCCUCAACAUCUGGUACGCCAACCGGCCCCAGGACUUCAAGCCCAUGGUCGAGCUCGAGGACAGCAUCAACGAGACGGACACCAACCUCUUCCCCACCAUCCUCUUCACCAACGCGGCCGCCGUCCUCGCCAAUCAGCUGUACCACACCGCCAUGCUCCUCCUCCUCCAGAACCGGCCCCGCACCCUCAGCAAGGACGCCGCCGGCCGCUCCAUCCUCGUGUCGCCGCUGUGGCACGCCCAGCGCGUCUGCGGCAUCAGCCUCAACAACGAGGACCGCUGCAGCUGGGACUUUAGCCUCGUGGCCUCGCUGUUCCUCGCCGCGCAGCGCAUGACGUACGAGCCGCAGCAGAACGCCGUCCUGGGCGGGUUUCACCGGAUCGCGGCCAUCACGGGGUGGAAUCUGAGUGGGCUGUCGGAGCAUCUGAGUAGUCUGUGGCAGCCGGAUUAA